AGAACUCAGACACUGACAGCAUCACUGGUGAUGACAAUCUGCCAUUGGUGGUGCCACUGUCCACCAAACAUCAAGCCACAGUCAGGGAAGUUGUUCUACAUGAUGUUCUGACAAGCACAAGUUUAGUGACAAGCUUCUGUGACCUGCUAAAGACAUGGUACAACUUGGAAAGGAUCAGCAUCAGUGGAGGGUCCUACGACAGCCUACCCAAAGAUGAUGUAGUGAGCAGUCUGCUUGAGUGUCAGAGGAAGGGAGGGAAGCUGACACACCUGUUCCUGGAGAAUGAACUGCUCUGUCACUGGACAUUUCCUAACAUCCUACUCAGUCUGCUGCAAGCCAAGCAAAGUUAUUGUAAUGCUGCUGCAAACAGCUGUGCACCAGAUCUGCAGCAACUGAAGCUGCACCACUGCAUGGCCUUUGGUCAGGAUGCCUCCCACUGGAGACCUGUGUGCUGGAACAGCUUCCCAAUGCUGUCUUCUGAUGGUGUCAUAAGUGGGAUAGUGUCUGUGGACCUGUCCUUCUGUGUACCAACAUUGGAGGCACAACCCAGCAGACCCUUGGACAUGAGUGCCUUGACCUGGCUUCUAACACACGACUCAGUGAUCCGCUCACUCAGGCUUCACAACUGCCAGCUGUACACAGAGGAGUUAGCUACAAUCUUCAAUGCCAUUUCAGAGGCCCCAGACUCCUGCAAGUUGGAGAUGCUUGAUGUGUCCUUCAACAACUACAGGUCGGAGAAAGGCUCGGGGGCCUUGGCCCAGCUGAUCAGCAAGUCUCGGCUGACUUGUCUGAAGAUGGAGGUAGUCUCAUCCACUUCUGCAGGUGGAUGCAGUGUUGCUACAUCAGAGGUUGUUCUUGCCUUGAGAAGAAAUACUAGGCUAAGGGAACUGUGGCUGUCUGGAAACAGACUGGGUGAUGCAGGUGUGGAGACGUUGAUGCAGGUGUUUGCACCAGGUGGUCACAGCUGUCUACAGGUGCUGGCCCUGAGGUCCAAUUUGAUUCACACCAGAGGCCUUCAUGCCAUCAACCAAGCACUUUGGAAAGGAAGGCAAUUGAAGAAACUGCUGAUCGGUGGCAACUUCUUCUUAACAGAAGCGGGUGGUAAGGAUGGUUUGGAGGACCUGCGUCGGCUGGUGCCACAUGUGGACACAGGACUGCCGGCUUUCAUGGACUCUGCAGCACUGAUGGUAGAGCAUGUGGCUCAGAUGUAAACUCACUGGUGGUGCCACAUGUGGACACAGGACUGCCGGCUUUCAUGGACUCUGCAGCACUGAUGGUAGAGCAUGUGGCUCAGAUGUAAACUCACUGGUGGUGCCACAUGUGGACACAGGACUGCCGGCUUUCAUGGACUCUGCAGCACUGAUGGUAGAGCAUGUGGCGCAGAUGUAAACUCACUGGUGGUGCCACAUGUGGACUGCCGGCUUUCAUGGACUCUGCAGCACUGAUGGUAGAGCAUGUGGCUCAGAUGUAAACUCACUGGUGCCACAUGUGGACACAGGACUGCCGGCUUUCAUGGACUCUGAAGCACUGAUGGUAGAGCAUGUGGCUCAGAUGUAAACUCACUGGUGCCACAUGUGGACACGGGACUGCCGGCUUUCAUGGACUCUGAAGCACUGAUGGUAGAGCAUGUGGCUCAGAUGUAAACUCACUGGUGCCACAUGUGGACACAGGACUGCCGGCUUUCAUGGACUCAAAUUGGUUCUUUGUCGCUGUUGACCUGGCCUUACAGUCUUACACUCAUAGUGACAAGUCAGGUAUAUCAGGAAGGUAGGUAGUUGAUGUACAGCGUUAUUUCAACUUGCCAGUAUGCAUAAAAAUUUAAUUACAGGCAUUUGACUUUAAAAAAGUUUGUUAUCCCUACCUCCAGUUAAUUUAACUGUUCAAAGAAAACACAAUGUCCAUUCCAAGUGGGGCUGUCUGCAUUCUGCUAAAUAAAGUCUCUAUUGAAGAACAUA